AUGCCACCCCCUACCGACGACGAGACGCCGUUCCCCUCGCUAGACCACUCGGCCCUCCAUGGCUUCGGUCGUUCUCAUCUUUCCCCUGACGAUGCCUUUGUGUCGCCUCCUCGAGGGCCGCGAGGUCGGAGCCGAAGACGUAAACGCCCAUGGAAGAAGCUGAUGUGGGUUAAACAAUCGUGUACGCCUCAAAAGAAUUCCUGCAUUGGACAAUGGCAGCUAACAAUUGAGCCUACAGACCCCGAUAACUACACAGAUCAAGCAACCUUCCUCGAGAAUCUCCAGCGCAACCCUCGUCUCAAGCCAUAUGACUUCUGGCCACUCGUCGCUGACUCUACAGUCAUACUACAGCACGUCUGUUCAGUCAUAAUCUUUGUUGUUUGUUUUGUUGGCAUAUUUCAGGAGCGCGUAUCUCCUGUUGCUGUCACAAGUUGGAGCAGCUUUGCUACGUUUGUAGGAUGGAUCCUCUGGGAACGUUGGCUAUCAGAAAUCGAAGACACGGAUGAUCCGAGUCUUGGCGUGGCAGCGAAUGUGAUGGGAAGGGCCGGUCGGACCGGAAGUCUAAGGCGACCAACCCGCACGGGCAGUAUCCGGCGUCCACCUCCGCUCCGGGUCGAGUCGGCGCCGUCUACCGCCGCACCCUCUGUUGUCGCUUCGGCUGCGAGUUCAACAACUAACCUGCAUGCGCCCAGCACGAUGCAUCGAGCUCAGUCUGUUUCAACGACCUCCCUGGCUAGUGGCAUCGCACACACUCCACGAGCGAGUCAGGAACAUCUCCCUGAACUACCGCCACCCCUCCUGGCAGAAGAAAACCGAUAUCGACAGAGAAUGGAGACGGUCAAGUCUGCGAUUCUUAUCUAUUGCACGCUCCUUGGACUGAGUCCCAUUCUCAAGUCGCUAACACGAUCAACAUCAAGCGAUAGCAUAUGGGCUAUGUCAUUCUGGCUUCUCGCGAUCAAUAUCUUCUUUUUUGACUACUCUGGAGGUGUAGGUGCCAAGUUUCCUGCAUCGCUGUCCACAAAUGCUGCCUUGAUGGCAUCGACUGUACUCGCCAGCCGACUGCCAUCAACCAAGCAGGUGUUCAGUCUGACACUCUUCAGCAUCGAGGUGUUUGGGUUGUUCCCAGUGUUUCGACGCUAUGUACGACAUCGAAGCUGGCGCUUCCAUAUCCUCUCUGCCAUUCUUCUGGUACUAGGUGCAAGCUUCGGAGUCGGCCUGAUACUGGGAUACGAUAAGAACACAGUUGGAUGGCCGUGGAAGAGUGGACUGGUUGGCAUGAUUGUCGGGAUGCUCAUUGCCAUACUGGCUACAGGAGGAUGCAGCUGGUGGCUGAUAGGGCUUCAGAAGUAUAAGAACGAGAUACGAGGGCCGUGGGAUCCCGCGAGACCCAUUAUCAUGAAUCGACCUAGAUGGGAUGACGAUUCAUGA